CAGUCGAAAUAAUAUGCAAUGACAUGAAUUCGAAUCAAUACGUACAGAUUAAGGCAUUUACUGCAGACGUAUGACACAGUUAUCGCAUACAAUGUACCGACUGCUGCCAUAUGUCACAGAGGAAAACAAUGCAAACAAUUACAGGAAAACCGUGAGCUAGUAGGCAUGUUACUGAUAAAAAGGAUUGCCGGCUUAAUUCUGGGAGGACCCCUUUUACUUCAAGGAAUUUGUGGAACGAUCAUCAAUUUAGAUGACCUAUCCGAAGGAAUUUGUCACAAAGAAGAAUUUGAAAUUGAGAUUUCAAUGAGGUGUGACAUGAAAAACCUCACAAUCAACAUCGUUACAGAUGUUUUAAUAAACUGCAUUUUCAUCAAUAAUAAUAAGUCGUUUUGCCAUACUGCGGAUUCUGUGCAUUAUAAUCACGACAAGGACAGUAGAAUUUUGACAAUACGUACACCAUUUAAUCACAGUUCCCAUGCCGGUCAUACGCUAUGGAUCAACACUACGUGUCAAAAAAGAAGUUUACGUGAAAGGAUUCUCUUGAAGCCUUGUCUUUCUGGGUUUCGAACAACGGCGUACGGUAACAACACGCAUGUAACGAUUUCCUGUGAGCAUGCGUCCUUCAGGUUUUCACAUAAAGGUAUACGUAUCGUGGGAAAAGAGGAUUUGGCACACUGCAGAUGGAACAAAGAAAAUCAAACGAACCAUUGCUUCGGUGAUUCGGAAGCUCUGGUCAAUGGAGUAAGGCAUACGAUGCCAUACAAUGAGGGAAUAAACAUCACGUGUAAAUUUGACGAGCAGACUAUAGAAAUCGAUCCACGUCAGCAAACAACAAUAAAAGGAAGUAAAAUGAUGACCAAGAACAACAAAUUACCAUCUGUUUCCAUGUCAUCACAAGAUAAUGGAAAAACAAUACCGACUGGCUCCUUAAUUUUGGUUUCUAUUUUGUACAUCUUCUACGACGUUUUUGUUUGAGAAUUUAACAUCGGGAACCUCGGGAGGUUUGAAUGUCACUCGUUGUAUCUUGUGUCUGAAGCCAAUCGUUUGUCAACAUGUUUAUAGGAAAUCGAAAAUCGCCUAUAUAACAACCAGAUAAUGGAAACGAUCUUAUUUCAUCAUGGCGCCUCUAUGCUCUGUAGUCAAGUGUCGUGGUUCAGUCGAGUCUGAGAUAAUAGUAUGACAUUGAUAAACUUGUGCCACUGAGCUCGAGAGAAGCAAUUUCAUAUAUGACAUCACAAUGUUUAAUUGUAAAAGUAAGAAAUAUAAGUUAAUAAUUACUUUCUUAAAUGUAAGUUAAUAAUGACUUUUCUAUUUUAGUUUCUCUGUGAUAACUUUUUUGAAGGUUGUGAGAGUUGAUUUUUUUUUUAUAAUUUAACCUGAAUGUAAAUUUUGUAUAGUGAAAUGUCAGGAGACUGAUAUGCAUGUCAUCCUCAUGCAGCUUUCUUUAGUUUGUGUUUGACAUCAGUGGGCGGGGACUUUUGAAUAACUUAAAUGUGUAUUUUUAUCAAUUAGACAUUUUUGAUAAUGAAAUAAAACAUGAAAUCUU